UACGCUACCCACACUAUGAAGGAAGAAGACAUUCUCGCACGCCAUUCCCGCCCCCAGCGAUACUCUACAUGGGUUCCGAAAACCCGCGACUGGCGCUACGCGACCGGCGUUUUCCAACACGAUGACUUCGAAAACGACCCCAAAGACCGGUCUGCAUGGGAUACGUUAGAUUACGACUACCAAAUCAACGAAACGAUCAAGGGCAAGAGAGAAGGGUUGAGCCGCAGCCGCAGUAGAAGUGGUAGCGAGCUAGGAGCGGACGAUGCGAUACUGACUAUGGGGACUCCAGACACUGUUAGAUCGAAGGCGGCAACUGAGUCGCCGCAAGUGGUGGUAGCAAGAAAAGCAAGAUCGCCAAGGAAGAACAAGUGGGCGUCUGUUGCGAGGUUCAAACCAAGUCUUCCAGCGAAGAACGAUAACGCGGAGCAUAGAUACGAACCCGAAAGCUUGACUAUUCGACUACAGUUCACGGGAACCAACAUCGCAGAGUUACAGAGGAUCACGACCGCAUCAGCAUACUAUCCACCAACACCACAGUCACUUGCCCGCACGCAGUCAUCAGGCACUUCUCAAACCCUAAGAACGCUAUGCUCACCCGGGACCCCAGCAACUUCCCGAACGGCAGAUACAAUACAUACGCCGCAUAUUCUAAACUCUAUCGAAUCCAUACACACAUUUCCACGCUACCAGCGCUUGUGGGUCGAUGAGACGCGAGAUUUCAAUAUGAAAGCGGUCCGACUGACUAUUCGGAAACCAGCCGAGACAGUCGAAGAGCUGGGGGCAAAAUACCAUUGGUAUACUGGCGCGGUACCUAUCGACGCGAUAUUUCCACCCGGCGUGCCAUUAUCCGCAAAAGAGAUCAACGCGUACUACCCGCAUCAUGUUCGGCGAAAGGGCGUCAUGCUACGGCUAACUAACAAUGGUUAUCGUGGACCAGAUAUCAUGGGAAUACAAGACUUCUUUCGCGGCCCCCCAACCCAUGCCAUCGCAGCACCUCAGAUGAAUGUUUACCAGCGCGACAGUGUCAAGUCUACAAUACCGACUUUCAAGACCAUAGGUUACAAGGGGAAGUCAGACAAUAAUCUAUACACAGAGGGUCUAGCGUUGGGUAAGUUUCUGGAGACCACACGCCAGCAGUUUACAGUGCCGUCAUUUGAUGACCUGUUAUCUGGCUUGCAACAUAUGCCGACCGGCUUGGACGCUCGUGGCCUUACUCAGUGUCUAGCCUGGUACCUAAAAUCCCGGGACCUGUUCACUCCUAGGUUGGAGCUGAAUGUCCUACACACGCAAGCCUUAAUCCGCGCCCUCCGGCAACCUCUGAAGCCAUUCGGACCGCAGAAUUUAGACCGAAAUGCGCUCAAGGAAUGGCGAGAUAACGGAAGUUUCGAAGCAGUGGGUGUCCAAGAAGAGCCAAAGCCUAAGCAUAAUUUGAAUGAACAAGAAGAGCAAAAGAGAACUAAGCUACACAUGGAUCUCGACGACGACAGUGUGCAACUCAAACUCCGACUCCCCAUUCGACACAUCCUCACAUUCCCAUUCCUUGCGAUAAACACUGUUGUAGGCGAAGCACUCAAAAUGGGCAUUAAGAAGGCGGAAGUGCGUCAAGCGGUGAGAGAAGGACAGACAGGACGGCGGGCGCUUGACGCUAAAUCAGCUACACGACGGACAGAGGAGCGCCACACCGAGGUCCAGGAGGAAGGAGUUGCAGCCAAGGAGGGGAGUAAGGCAUUCAACCGGGAGCAACACACAGGAAUGGAAGAAAAGAAGCCAUAUCGCAUCCCGAAGCGACCGCGUCCCACCGAGGAAUCCCAAGCGCAGGGAUCAUCAGUGAAAAAACCCAGAACCACACCCGCGGCCAAAUCACACAUUCCCUCAAGGUCUCCUAUGCCUCCCAGACUCUACGCUGGACAUACACCACAUGCAUACGCCCGUCAGUCAUUCCCUCACCCGGGAGCAACGCGCCUAUCGCGAGAAGGGAACAUGCCUGCACCUUCUUCGCCAUACGUACAGCCACGACAGGCGGUGGAUCCCAUCUACGGGCCCUACGAACCAGCCUAG